AUCCUAGAAAUAUGUUUCGAACUAAAUCAAUUACUAUUCAAAGGUUGAUUUGAAUUGUUAAAAUGGAUUCAUUUAAAAUAGUUAGUUUACUUUUAAGUAUAUUUGUGCUUUCAGCCACUGUUAAUUGUGACUCAAAUGAUCCUGAUUAUGAAGCUACAAUUGACCAAUUGAUUGAAUCUCGAGGUUUCAAUUAUGAGAAACAUUACAUUGAAACAAAAGAUGGAUACAUUUUAGGUGUUUACCGGUUGAUUAACCCAUUUGUUGAUCAAUCAAGUCGCUCAAAACUGAAGCCAAUUGUACUUCAACAUGGUUUUCUUGGGGUUGGGGCAGACUUUUUAAUAAAUGCUCCUGGCGGUAAUGCGGUUCCUUGUAAUAAUUCAACUGAUAAUUCCUCUUUGAGUAAACUAAAUUCAACUGAAAACAACAAUUUAGGAUUCUUAUUAGCUAACCUUUGUUAUGAUGUUUGGAUAUCAAAUUCAAGAGGAAAUGGGUAUUCACGUAACCACACAACAUUGAACCCAGACAAAGAUGCUGAGUUUUGGAAAUACACAAUUGAUGAUUUGAUUGCUUACGAUACUCCAGCAGUCAUUGAUUACAUACUAAAGCAAACUGGAUUCUCAAGCUUGGGUUGGAUCGGACAUUCCCAAGGAACUAUGAUUAUGUUUGGUCUUCUUAGUGAGAAACCUGAGUAUUCAGCUAAAGUUAAACCUUUCAUUGCAUUGGCUCCAGUUUUUUAUGUUCAACACAUGAAAAAGGCGUUUAAAUAUGCAGCCAAAAUUCCUGGUUUAUUAUUUCUCGCUCGUACUCGUGGAGGUGAAAUAUCUAAAUCUUCAUUAGUAACCAACACAAUCAAAAAAUUAGCCUGUACAACAUGGAAUGAUGAGAUGUGUAAUGCCCUGCUUUACCCAUUUUUGGGUUAUGAUAUGGAUAAUGUUAAUGUAACACGAGUUCCAAUAUAUUCAACAAAAAUCGGUUCAAGUACUUCGCUUUGGAAUGCAGUGCAUUUCGGGCAAAAUAUAAAUUCUGGUAAAUUCCACAAAUUCGACUUUGGUAGAUUCGGAAAUAAACGACGUUACGGACAAUCAAAGCCACCUGUUUAUCAAUUAAGCAAAAUUAACUCAACUUCAAUUGCUCUUUUAUACGCUAAAGGAGAUGCUUUGAGUGAUCCAGAGGAUGUUUCUCAGCUCAUCAAAGACAUUCAAGUUCCAUUGGCUCGAGAUCAUUGUGUACCUGUACCAUCCUGGAAUCAUUAUGACUUUCUUUUUUCGAAAGAUGCGUAUGAAUAUAUCUAUUCAAUUGUAACUGAAAUCUUGUCUACUUACUGAGAUUAAAAAUUUUAUAUUAAAUUGAAAA